AUGGCGCCACGACGAUGUUUAGAUCGCGCUAGCAAGCACAAUGAUCUCAUCCUUAAGCCCAAAGGUGUUAUCAAGAACAAGCCUGUGGACUGGCAAGAAGAUGGAGAUGGCGAGUUGCAACCGAUCUUCGCACCAGAGCCUUUGUUCACACCCGAAGAACUGGAACCGUACAGAUCGAAUCGCGCACUAUUCGAUCAUAAGAAGAGCUUGCGCAAGCUUGUCGGUCCACCGUUUCCGUUCCUUAAACUCCCAACCGAACUACGUGUCGAAAUCUACCGCUACUGCCUGGUUGCAUACAAGCCAAUCCAGCCUUAUGGAGAACAUCUUUCAGAUAUGGUCUUCUUCAGUUCUAAUCGCAGCACGAGACUUGCGUUCAGUCUCCUCCGUACAUGCAAGGGCAUGCACGCUGAGUGCGCGGAGGUGCUUUACGGCGAGAAUGAAUUCCGCUUCGCCGGCAGGUACCAACAUAUCCAGCUGCUCAAGUUCCUUACCCACAUCGGUCCACGCCAUCGUAUGUGGUUACGAAACUUGACCACGAGCUCGCCGUUCGUCAGCAGUGGAGACCGCAUAAUCGAGCAUAACGUUGUGCUCGAAAUCGACUCAACACUAAUAGACUCCGAUGAAUCGUACAGCUGGUUUAUCAACUAUCCGCAGUCCCCUCCGCUUUUUGAAGCUCAACCACGUGGCAUGACCUGGUCCGACUUGUGCAAACCACUAUUCGACCUCCUCGAAUCGCUUCCUCAACUCCGUGUCUUGACUAUCGUGCUCCCAGAUGACUGGGAAUACUGCAACGAUGCCGGAAAUCUCGAACCCUGGCCCCAUACCAUGGAUUCCAGGGGGCGAGAAGAAAUUUGGCAUUCUAUGUCUGGCCUUUUGCGUGUCAAGCCUUUCGUCCAAGUACGGGCUCUGCGGCCCGUGGUGGAGGCCCUUAUGAACGACCCUGAUCUCGUGGACGCGCAGCAGAAUCAUAAGCGACAUUUGGCGAAUCUGAAGCGUAGACUGGGGAUUUGGGAUCAUCGUGUUGCUUUCUACGAUCGGCAUUGCAAGUGGAGGAUGCCGGACCGGGUGGAAGAAGAUCCUGAUGAGUAUCUCCGCGAUUUGCGAUGUCUUUUUGCUGAACGGACUGGUUAG